AUGAACGUCAAAGGUCGUGCAAUGGAAUUAUCCGACUUGACGGUGUUUCACAAUAGAGUACUUACCCCUGACGACAGGACCGGGCUGAUCAGUGAAAUCAGAGACAAUCAAAUUAUUCCUUGGGUAUUCCUGAAUUCUGGUCCUGGAAACACGACUGACGCUUUCAAAUGCGAAUGGAUGACCAUCAAGGAUGGUUUGCUCUACGUUGGAAGCCAUGGCGUUGAGUACAAAACUAAGCAUGGUACUCACCGAAACAACAUGUGGGUCAAAACUAUCACGUCGAAAGGAGAGGUCACCAACAAGAAUUGGAUUGACGUCUACAACAAAAUGAAGGCUUCCGUCGGUAUCCCUGAAGGAGGAUACCUAACACAUGAAGCCGUUCAGUGGUCAGAGAGACGAGGACGUUGGUUCUUCUUACCCAGAAAAGCGUCGAAAACUCCCUAUAAUGAAACAGUGGAUGAAAAGAGCGGUACCAAUCUCUUGAUAAGUUCCACAAAUCUCAACCAAUUCGAGUACAAAACGGUUGGCAAAGUUGUUCCUGAACGCGGGUACUCGGCUUUCGCCUUCAUUCCUGACACGAACGAUGAUCUCAUUGUCGCCUUGAAGUCGAAGGAAGUGGGCGAUUCCACCGCCACAUAUAUCACCGUAUUCAAUAUCGAGGGACAGGUUAUUCUUCAAGAUGAGGAGCUCAGUGGUGAUUACAAGUUUGAAGGAUUGUACUUCCUGUGA